UGAUCCAUUCAUCCUGCGACCGGACUUGAACAAGAAAUCCAGUCCUCAUUCUUUCAACAACGAAAAACCGCCCAUCAGACCUCUCACCUUCGCGAACCACCGACAAAGCAUCUUGGAAAGCGAUCCUUAACGUCCCGACAACACACGUACCGGUACCCCUUCCGAACACCGACCCGAAACUUAAUUGUCACCUGCCAGACCGACCGACAUUCGAAACCGCCCACGAUGUCGAGCUCACUCGAGCGUCAACAGGCGUCUUUCAUGAGCAGCAUGUCCGCCGCUUCCUCGAAGCUGGCGGGCACCAAGCGCACUCUCGCCCCGCCAUCGCCGUCGCCCUCGGUCGGAUCCGUCGCCUCGGCCAUCGCCGCCGGCAACAGCACCCCUCGCAAGACGGCAGACCGCGUCGACACGCCCGCCCACAACAUCGUCUACUCGCAGCCGGCCGCCACCGGCACCGGUCUCAACAUCAUUACGCAGGUGACGUACGCGAUUGCCUGGCUCCGUGGCAAGGAUGAGCCGCGCACGUACCUGGAGAUUCUGGGCCACCUUUCGGGCCUGCACUGGAGCCCGUCGUACCAGGAGGAGUUCGUCGAAGCGAUGCGCCGCACGCGCGAGAUCCAGUGGAUUCCCGACCCGAACCUGAGCGAGCAGACUUGGCAGAGCGGGACGUACCUCCACCGGCCCAAGGUGCCGGGAGUCCGGAACAAGACGCAGCUGCUGGCCUACCUGCAGAAGAAGACGGACGCGAGCUGCGUGGGCGUCAAGGAGCUCAAGGACGGUUGGCCCGAUUGCGAAAAGGCCAUCAACGAGCUCGAGGCGGAGCACAAGAUUCUGGUGAUCCGCGUCAAGAAGGAAGGGUCGCCGCGCUAUGUCUGGCUGGAUGAUCCCAGCUUGUUCCACGAGGUCGAUCCGGAGCUGAAGGUCAUGUGGCAGAAGGUCGAGGUGCCGGGAACCGAUACGAUCGUUCAGCGACUCAAGGCCGCGUCGCAGAAGCCGGCGAGCGAGGACCCGAGGGAUAAGAUGACGGCUGCGCCGAAGGCGGAAAAGAAGAAGAGGGCGCAGAGGAGGACGGGCAAGGCGACGAAUACGCAUAUGGAGCAUUUGCUCAAGGAUUACAGCCACAUGAAGCGGUAAACGGGCUUCGCAUCGUGUGGGUCCUUGAUUUUUUUUCUCCUGGCUUGGGAAGACGUUCAGGCGGUUAAUGGCAGGUGAAAAGCUGUGGGAUCGGACGUGGCCGUUACGACGGGACAAUUGAGGGAAUGACCGCCUUACGAAAAGGGGCUAUCUUUCACCAUCACUUUUCGAAGACAUCCAAGGGAACGCUUUUUUUUUUCCCGGCUUUUUAUAUCAAC